AAGUCUCGCAGCAAACCCAUUACCAAGUCAGCUGCGCCAGACACGCCCUCCGAGUCGGAGGAAGAGUUUGACGAGGAAGGUUUCUCCGACGCGGACCAGGCGAUGGCAGAGGAAGGGGACGAAGACGGCGGAGACGAUAUGGACGUGGACGAAGAUGGAAAACCUCCCAAGGAUCCCAACGCUGCCCGAGAAUCGCACAAAGCCCAGCGAGCUCUCCACGCUCAACGAAAAGCGUCAAAACCGCACUCUGAUCUCCUCUCGUCCGCUAAGCAAGUAUGGGCGCUCGCACGGCAGCACGACAUCCCAGCCGCGGAGCGAAAAAAGCACAUCCACGACCUGAUGGAAGUCAUCCGGGGACACAUCAAGGAAGUCGUGCUGAAGCACGAUGCGAGCCGGAUCGUGCAGACGGUAGUCAAAUACGGUGGGCAGAAGGAACGGGAUGAGAUCGCGGCGGAGCUGAAGGGCGAGUACGUGAAGCUUGCUCAGAGCAGAUAUUCGAAGUUCCUCGUCACCAAGCUCAUCCGCCUCUGCCCUACACAUCGGUCCUCGAUCCUUACCGAGUUCCAGGGGAACGUCAUCCGGCUGUUGCUACACCGCGAAGCGACCUCUGUCCUCGCGGACGCGUUCGAGCUGUACGCCAACGCAUACGAACGCUCGAUUCUUCUCCGCGACUUUUAUGGGAAGGAGAUCGCGUUGUUCGGCGGGACGUUGACGAAAGGAAGCGAUGCAGACAAGGAGAAGGCGAAGAAGGGGCUGAUCGGCUAUGUGGAGGGCGUUGACGGUGACAGGAGAAAACGGUUGUUGGCUGCCGUGAAGGAGAACUUGGUGACCAUAUUCAACAACCCGGACAAAGGCGCUGUCACGCAUGCGAUCGUGCACAGGGCGCUUUGGGAGUAUCUCACUGCGACACACGCGGUCGAAGACCGAUCGGAGCGAGAAAAGCUUUUCAGGGAGGUCUUCGAGACAUGCCAAGACGUGCUCGCCGAGAUGGUGCACACGAAGGAUGGCUCGCGCGCCGUACGGGAGUUCAUCGUGCGCGGCACCGCGAAGGACCGCAAGCACAUCGUCAAGGCGCUCAAACCGCACAUCGAACGCAUGUGCCUCGACGACGAGGCGCAGCUCGUCCUCUUCACCUGCCUCGACGUCAUCGACGACACCAAGUUGCUCGCCAAGUCGAUCGUCGCCGCCAUCGCCGAGAGCACGCGCACGCUCCUGGGUAGCCCGCAGGGCCGGCGGGCGCUACUGUAUCUGAUCGUGCCGCGGAGCACGCGACACUUCACGCCAGCGCAGGUGCGGACGAUACGCGAGACGGACGAGGUGAGGGACGGGAAGGAUGGGGGUGAGGGGACGAGCAAGAAGGACGCGGAGUUGAGGAGGAAGGAGGUGCGGGAGGCGGCGAGCGAGGAGCUGAUCAAGGGGAUCGUCGUGGAGGGCAAAGAGGCGUGGAGAGACCCCGGCGGCAGUUUGGUGGUGGGUGAUGUGAUGCUGUAUGCGGAGGGCGACAAAUCAGCCGCUAUUCAGACGCUCGUCACAGCCCUGUGCGAGCCCUACCCUUCACCCGACGAAAGCAAACCGCAUCCCAUCGACCUACCGCACGCAUCGCGGAUGUACAAGACCCUCAUGCAAGGCGGGCAUUUUGACCACUCGUCGAAGUCCAUAUCUCGGUCACCCUUCUUCUCGCCGUCCGCGUUCGCCUCCGCCUUCGUAAGGACGUUCUCCGAGGGUGAUAGGAAGGACGUCGUGUUGGCGAUGGCGAAAGGAGACGGCGCUUUCCUGAUCGCGGAGCUGUGCGAGCGCAUACGGGAGGAGGGCAGCGCUGAACAGAAGAGGACGGUCGGCGGAUGGUUUGGGCCUAAAGAGCGAGAUGCCAUUGAAGCGAGCGAGGUCAAAGGCAAGAAGGUGCUGCUGGAGAAGAUUACCACGCUGCAGGCAGCCUUAUAGUGCGGCACCCAUCACGCCUCCGGCAUCGACUGUCAUUAUCAUAGAGGGGUACACGCUGCAAAAGUACAAUAGGCUAAUUUACAAUCCGGGAUGACAUAGGUAAAUCUUAUCGGGAGCAAAUUUAGUCAUAGAACACCAGAGCACGGAGCUCGAUGGACUCGCGGAGCGGCGCGUCGGGUGGCGUAGUGGGGUCUGCAAACGCCGUGUGGGGAGUGAGGACGGCGACGCUGCCGUCCUGGAUGGUGUCGAAACACUUGAUGAGGACGCCCUCGUCAGGCUGCAUGCCUCGAACGUACUUCCAGCGGUGGUUGGGGUUGAACUUGACGCCGAACGUCUCGCCGUCCCUGUCGGGGUACUUGAGCGUGACGGGCUCGAGAUCGGCCUUGGGGUCGACCGACUGGAAGUCGCAGAGCGCGAGAGGCCAAUCGUACGCGGCGUGCGAGAUCGGGCGCCAGAGGUUGAUGAUCUGGAACCGUUUCUGGAGGAGCUUGUCGGCGUCUUCGGGGACGUGCCGGCGCACGCGGGCGAUGGCGGAUUCGUUGGUCUGGUCGACGUGCACCUGCGGCACCGGCUGGCGCUUGUCCGGCGUGUCCUCCUUCACGUCGGGACGGCGGCGGCGUAUCGUGUGGUCGAAGAAGACGACACGGCUCGCGCCCGUGAGCUCCUUCAGGAGAGCCUCGCUCUCGGGGUAGUACUCGUUGUAGAUCUCCUCGUCGGUCUGGAAUCGUGUGUGUUUCGUGGGACGCCUGAAGAACCGGAAGCCGUUCUUGUCGAGCGCGACGCUGUCCUCCUUUCCGCGGAGGUUCUCGAUCUCCAGGUUAUGCGGGGCGCGGUCGAAGUUGCGCUGCCUCUCCCCCGUCGCGGAAUCGGCGUUGAUGUUCUGCCAGCCCUUUGAGCCGUCCGCAGGGGGUACGUAGUAUAGGAGCUCGGCGAUUACGGUGUCGGCGGACAUGUUAGAGUACGACAACGGGCAGGUCGAUGCUGCGAG